AUGGUGUCAAUUGCAGUUUCCGCCCCUUCCUCCGCCAUCUUCCUCACAGCCUAUGAGCAGGCCAAGCGGGCAGCAGAAGAUACCAUAAACUCGCUCACAGGUUUUCGUCCCUCAAAGCCAAGAGAGAGCGGCAGCAGAAGUAGAAUUGACGGAGAAUCACUGGCAGGGUGGAGUGUUGGUUCUGGAGAAUGGCAUGCUGAUGAUUGGUGGAGUGAGGAGAGACGAGCACGGGCGCGAUCGGUGCUCCUGCCUGCAGCCCCAGCCCUAGCAGCAGUGGCUGGGAAUGUGAUGUCCAGCCUGGUGCGGGUGCCACCAGAGGUGGUGAAGCAGCGUGUGCAGGCAGGGCAGUUUGCUGGGCUCCUUGCUGCCGUCACCAGCAUGUGGAGGGCGGAAGGGCUGCCUGGGUUCUACACUGGAUACUCCACCAUGGUAGGCGAGAGAGAAUUCUUGCAGCACGGGCUCUGGCUUCCAGUGAGGCCAGCAGAGGAAGCUCCACAGGUUUUCCAGGUUUAUCAGGCUCAACAGGACAAGGGAGCAAGUCUGUGGCAGCUCGCCAGUUAUCGCAAGGCGAAUUGCUUCUCAGCAACAUGUGGAUUGGAGCUGUGA